UGGCUUUACACGUGUCAUUCAUACCUCUCUGUCUUCCUCAUUCCUUAUUUUCUUCUUCUUUCGUCGAUUUCAAUUUCGAUUUCAUCUUGCCGACGAUUAGCUAGCUAACUUCCUAAUAAAUCAUCUCCGACCACCGCAACAUCACGACGGACCGUGCUAGCGAAGUCUACACAACUCUACUACCUUCAAUUCUCUUUUCGUCAAAGUCGUAAGAAGUUUGGAAUUGAUCUGAUCUUCAUCUACCAAUAUCUCGGACAGUAGAUCCACCUUCGAUUCGUUUCAUCUCCUUACCUGAAAUCGCUUCGUUCUUCAAACUGGGCACAAAACAUGGUUUAUCACUCGAGCUUUGUGGAUGAAGAAGGGAUAACAAAGGCAUGUGGCUGCCCGUUGCUUCCUCUCAAGAGCCAUAUUAAGGGUCCUGCACCAGUUUCAGAACAAGAUAAAACUGAUAUAGUGGACGAGGCAAUCAGCUUCUUUCGUGCGAACGUCUUCUUUACAAACUUUGAUAUCAAAAGUCCUGCUGAUAAGCUCCUUAUUUACUUGACGUUCUACAUAAAUGUGGCGUUAAAGAGGCUCGAAGGAUGCAGAACGUUGGCUGUAGGAACUAAAGCGAUUAUCAACUUGGGUUUAGAAGAUAUUCCUGUUCCUGGAGAAACUGGCUUUCCUUUCCCUGGCCUCUUUUCGCUUCCUCAGUCCCAGGAUGAAGCAGAUCUUUUCAGGAACUAUCUAAAGCAAGUUCGUGAGGAGACAAGUGGGAGGCUACUGAGUGUAGCGUAUAGAGCCAACGGGACACCUAACAAAUGGUGGCUUGCGUUCGCCAAGAGGAAAUUCAUGAACGUGGUCGUCCUAUGAUGAAUUGAUUAUCAUUACAGUUGGUUAUUUUUCCGAAGCCACUGGAGAUCAUGAGCAUCACUGCUUUCAGCUUCCUCUGCGUAGGUGUUAGCCAAUGGAACCAGGAAGACGAAAAUCCCAUCUGAGAGCAUAAAGCAAAGCUCUCUCUCUGAAUAUAUUAUUAUACAUAGGGUGUGCCAAUGUAUUGUUUCAUACAACUGUUGGAAUCUAAAUUUUGUUGAACAAGAUCAAAGUUAAAUAAGAAAUCAUAUUAUUAAUA